AUGACCACUUCUGUUCUGAUCACUGGAGCCAAUUCUGGUAUUGGAUACCAAACAGCUCUUUCCCUUCUGCGAUCAACCAAAACCACCUACAAGAUUUUUGUAGGCGCUCGCUCAAUUGAAAAAGCAUCUUCUGCCGUGGUUAGCCUGAAAGACGAGGCCAAAGACACCAAGUCCGAUGUGUCACCUUUGGUAGUGGAUUUGGAGGAUGAUGAAUCGAUUAAGAAGGCUUUUGAGGAAGUAUCGGGAAAGAUCGACAAAUUAGAUGUUCUAGUCAAUAAUGCCGGUAUCAAUAUCGAUAUGCAAGGUCUCAAAGAGGGACUAACAGACCGACAGAUAUUCAACAAAUCUUGGGAUGUUAACGUUACCGGUACACAGAUUAUCACUAAAACCUUCGUUCCACUUUUGAUCAAAUCAACAAAUCCAAGAUUAAUCUUCUUGACAACAAGCAUGUCUUCUUUGACCAUUUCAGAAUAUCCUCAACCACAUUUCAAUCAAUCUCCUCCUGCCGGUUGGCCAAAGCAAAACCCUGAUUUCUGGUCAUAUAAAUCAACUAAACUUGGUUUGGUCAUGAUCAUGCGAGAUUGGUAUAAAACUCUCAAAAACGAUAAUGUCAAAACUUGGGCUAUAAACCCUGGUUUAGUAGCUACGAACCUUGGUGGUGAUCCUGACUUCUUGAAAGCAAUCGGUGCUGGUGAUCCAGCCGUCAGUGGAAAUUUAGUCAUCAGUGUCAUCGAGGGUGGAAGAGAUAACGAUGUAGGCAAAAUGUUAGGUGCUAAGGAAGAUAUUUUCGGUGAUAUCGUACCCUGGUAA